AUGCUAGCCCCUACUGAUGGGAUCAGAGCUGUCCCUCGGUCUACUGCUAUUGAUGGCAUUGUCGAGGGGGUAGAGGCUAAGACUGCUCAGAUGCUGGCUAUUGAAUCCAGCGGUCUGGAUAACGGAGCUGCCGCGCCUUUUGUACACUUCAUACCUGUUGUUGAUUAUGAGGCCCAUCGUAUCCAUCCUAGUGCUAUUAAAGCUGAUAAACUAUCUAGGAAGUACACAAGUAAACUACCACAUCUACCAAAGGGACAGAGUAAUGUAGCCGCAGCUAUAGCAGCCGCGCCCAGGCCAUCAGCUGAGGAAAAUAGGGCCCUAACUCGUCUUGUCCGUCUCCCUGUUAUCUCUCAGCCUCUCACUCUUGGCCAGAAACAUAUUCUCCUGAGGUACUGUUGGGGUUUGAGUAAGCAACCAGAAGCAUUACAACGAGUAAUGCAGGCGGUUGAUUGGAAUGAUGUCGAGGAACUAGAAGAGGCUCAAGCACUCCUAGAUGCUUGGGCACCAUUGGGAUUCGAUGAUGCACUAUGUUUGCUAAACCCCACUCCCUCUCCAGUGGAGACUCCUGGGGCUUCACUCGAGGGUGUAGUGACAUGGCCUGAAGAUGAUGACAGAACCGAAGAAGCCAAGAUACAGGAGAUGACCUUCAACUUCGACAAUUGGUGCCGACUCAAUGUUAAUAAAGCGGAAGUGGCCAAUAACUUGCUUACUAUGCUCACCACGCCUGAGAGCUGCCCUCAAAGGCGUUAUCCCCUGGAUACAGCUAGGGAGUAUCUAGCUACUAAUGGAGUUAAUCCUGACCAUGAGCUACCUCUACUCACCGAUCUAUUCGUUCCUGGCAAUAAUAUUUACCUUCGUAAAGGAUACGAAGAUGAAGCCUCUCCAAGCGUUUCAACAACAUCAGAGGAGGAGGAGGAGGAGGAGGACCGAGUAUCCGAGUAUAUUUACUCUACAUUGAAGAAGUCGCCGUACCGAGCCAUCGAUGCUGAUGCUUUACGUAAGGUCAUCCGUGAUAGCUUUACUCUGGAGGAGAGUAAAGGCUUUGAGACAUCAAUUACCGACACCAUUAAGGAGGGCCUCAUCCCUCAUCCAACGCCCUCAACAUCAUCAUCAGAGGGAGUGAAGGAGAAGGAGGCUCGGGCUGGGAGUCCCCGAAUAGACUCUAGCGUCUCGGAGAUGGAAGGGAGGGCACAAGCUCGGGGGUUGUAUCGGUGUUUCUUCCACGAUCCACUUAAUAUAUACCUGGCUGCUGAUGCUGAAGAGUUCCUCUCUAUCAAGUCUGAUACACAUUCGUGGAAUAGACGAAAAACCGAGAAGAUGCCAGACUUAAAGCCACUCCCAGAGAGCGAGGUGGUUAAGGCACCCGAGCCCCAAGUUGUUGCCAAAGAUGAGGGAACAUCAUCAUCAUCAGCACGUCAAAUGCAUCCCUUACGUGCUGGGCCCAUCUCUACUCCUCUUCCGUUAAAUUGGCAUCCCUUCUCCGUUGUUAUUGUCGAAGACAUCAUGAACAUUGGACAACUCAACGACCUCUUCAGCGUUAAGGUUGAUGGUAUCGAUGAGAGGGUGAGGAAGGAUGACCUACGUGAGGCCUUCUCGAAGUUCGGUGAAAUUGGAGAUGUCUUCAUCCCAGUCGAUCGUUAUACUGGUGUUAGUAGGGGAUUCGGCUUCGUUAGAUUCUAUGAGCGUCGUGAUGCUGAGGAUGCCAUUCGCGAUAUGGAUAAUAAGGAGUUCCAAGGGAACCGCAUUACAGUAGCUGCUGCCAUGUACAAUAAGGAGAGUAGUUAUGGCAAGGGGGGUAAAGGAUACGGUAAGGGUGGCUAUGGUGGUGGAUACGGUGGUGGACGCUAUGGUGAUCGUUCUUAUGAUCGUUAUGACGAUCGUUAUGGUGGCGAUAGCCGCUAUACGAGUUCUGGUCCCUCUCCUUAUGGAGGGGAUCGUCGAGGUUCUUCGAGGGACAGGAGGAACUCCAGGGAUCGUUCCCGAUCUCCAUAUGAACGUCGUCGUGAUGAUGACAGUCGUAGCAGGAGUCGCUCCAGCGACCAUCAUACUAGUCGUAGGCGUGACGACAGCCGAA